AGGAGGCGGAGCCACGCGUCCAGAUUGCCUGGCGAAGAGUGACUGACAGGUUGAGGCGGAGUCGGGGACUUGUGUGGCGGUGAGCACCUGUGCAGGUAGGACGUGAAAAUUGAUGCCUGGAUCCGUCUUCAUGGCGCUGCGCUGACCCAGCAUGAGUCAAGGAGACCACCACCAUACACGCCUCUGCCACCUGCCAUAAACUGGGCCGUGGUCAUGGAGUCCCUGGGCAGAGUGAAGAAGUCCCUGUGGACGCCCGUCAGGAAGCUGACCGGCUACCUGGGAGGUCUGAGGGACAGGAAGUUGUGCGGCGGCAACAAGAGAAGAAGACGUGGGCGAGGAAGAGGAGGAGGACGAAGCAAGUCAGCCAAAAAGCCUCCCUUUGGAAAAACUGACACCAGACAUCCCAGUCGCUCCUACCAGGCAGAUCUGGACAAGCAGAGGAAGCUUGGUGAAGACAAGAAUGCUAAGAAGAACAGUGAGAGAGCAGCAAUGAGAGCUCAUUUCAGGAGGAAAUAUCAUCUUUCUGAGGACGCCAAGGACUCGGACCACCUGAGGCGUGUUGGCGGCAGAGUCUCGCUCCCCCGCCAGCUGUCCGAGCUGGUCUGUCCCGCCAACAAGACCAAGGACGAGGACUUCAGCCUGCUCAACGCCUUCCAAGGUCUCAGCUUGGCCAAAGGCAGCAAGUCAGCCCCGCCCACACCUGCGAGGGGGCGGGCUUGUCAAGUCAUGUGACCCACAUUGUUUGUCCUAAUAGUCCUAAUAGUUUUGGAUUGUAAAUCUAUGCAUUCUUUUUUUCAAUCAGUCUUAUUUUCUACUUGAAAUGUGAUGAUAGGCGUAUUGAGUACACAAGUCACAAGUCACAGAGUCAACAAGUCACAAGUAACAGAGUCAACAAGUCACAAGUAACAGUGUCAACAAGUCACAAGUAACAGUGUCAACAAGUCACAAGUAACAGUGUCAACAAGUCACAAGUAACAGUGUCAACAAGUCACAAGUAACAGUGUCAACAAUUCACAAGUAACAGUGUCAACAAGUCACAAGUAACAGAGUCAACAAGUCACAAGUAACAGAGUCAACAAGUCACAAGUAACAGUGUCAACAAGUCACAAGUAACAGUGUCAACAAGUCACAAGUAACAGUGUCAACAAGUCACAAGUAACAGUGUCAACAAGUCACAAGUAACAGAGUCAACAAUUCACAAGUAACAGUGUCAACAACACAAGUAACAGAGUCAACAAGUCACAAGUAACAGUGUCAACAAGUCACAAGUCACAAGUAACAGUGUCAACUCAACACUCAACUUCUUGUGACUCCUGGACUGACCUUUCU